GCAUUCCAUAACCUAAUAUUGUGGAGCGUCACUGGCCAUUGGUGUGCAGUGGGUGUGGGAAGCUGUUAGGGAUGCUUCGUCUGGGGAUUCUUUACUGGAAAGAUUGUAUCUUGAGGGGUUUCCGAUGCAGUGCUAAGUUGGGCUCAGCUGCUUUGCUUCUGAUCAUGUGGAGUUGCUUCCUUAGCUUGACUUCCUUGUCUUGCUUGCUCUAUGUUCUCCUCAGUAUGGGAGCAGCUGCAGCUGUUGUUGUGAACUUGGGUUGCACUCCUGGGCUCUUUAUUGUAGGACUGUUUGGUAUUUUGAUAUUAUGGAUGUAUGCAAACUUUUGGAUCACCGGAACAUUGUUCAUAGUUGGAGGCUAUUUAUUCUCCUUAAACCAUGCCCGUCUGGUGGUUCUAAUGGCUGCUGGAUAUGCGAUGUACUGUGUCAAAGUCAGACUCGGAUGGCUUGGAGUUCUGCUCUCAAUGAAUCUUGCCUUCUUGUCCAACGAUGUAUUAAACUGUCUUCUUCAAUGGUGUGACAAUCUAAGCGAAAAGCCACAACCUGAGGAGCCAAAGAAGUCUGAAGAAACGAUUAUAGAAGAAGACUAUCCAGGGGAAUUUGAGUAUCCUUCAGUUCCUGUCGAAGAAGAAGAAGAAGAGACAGAGAAAAAGGUUCACGAGAAUAAGUCAUCAGCUGAACCAACUGCUCCUACUACAACUGUUGUUAACACCGUGAAGGAGAUUACUAGUGUUAAGAUGGUCAAAGUGGAUACAAGUUCGUCAGCUGAUGAAAUGAAGAGGAUACUGAAGAGCGUGAAUCAUUAUGAAGCGUUGGGGUUUUCAAGGCAUAAGAAGAUUGAUGACGCUGUGCUUAAGAAAGAGUAUAGAAAGAAGGCAAUGUUGGUUCAUCCUGAUAAAAAUAUGGGAAGUCCUUUGGCUAGUGAAUCAUUCAAGAAGCUUCAAUGUGCUUACGAGGUUCUUUCUGAUAUUGUAAAGAAGAGAGAUUACGAUGAGCAAUUAAGAAAAGAAGAGUCUAGGACCAGGAGUGUUUGUCAGACAUCUCAUGCUUCUUCACAUCAGAGUGGUGCUGGUUAUAGAGCAGAAGAGUCGAGACGGAUACAUUGUACAAAAUGUGGCAAUUCACACAUAUGGGUAUGCACCAGUAGGACUAAAGCAAAGGCAAGAUGGUGCAAGGAUUGUGGUCAAUAUCAUCAAGCCAAAGAUGGAGAUGGGUGGGUUGAACUCAAAGGGACAUUACCCUUUGAGAGAGCACAUAAGAUUGAGAUACCACGCGCUUUUGUUUGUGCGGAGAGCAAGAUCUUUGACGUCUCAGAGUGGGCCAUAUGUCAGGGAAUGGCGUGUAGACCAAACACGCAUAGGCCAAGCUUUCAUGUGAACAUGGUUGGGUUAGAGAAGACAACGCAGAGGUCAAACUCGAGUAGGUUCCCAUGGGAUCUAGACGUGGAGAUGAUGGAUGAGGACGAAGAGGAGUUUGAGCUGUGGCUUCAACAAGCUCUUGCUUCUGGUCUGUUUUGCGAGACCUCAAAACGCAGGAAAAGCUGGAGCCCUUUCAAGUUGAGCCAGAUGAAAAGCAAGAAACAGUGGCGAAGGACAUCCACUUGAUGUAUAAGUUUAUUGCCACAGGGUACAGGAGACAGGAUUCACAGCAAAGUGAAUGCAAAGAUCUGAGUAGUAGCAACUAGCAAGCAUACUCUCUUUGGGGGAUCUUUCUCUGUAAAUAGAAGCUGUUGGAGGAUUCUUGUUCACUUGUUUUCUUUUUAGUCUUGUCUACUUUGAGCAAAAAAAAGAAGCUGUUUAUUUUUACGUGAAUUUGAAACUCCACAUAACCGAGUAUGCGGUAUUAUUGCAUAAUUAAUGUGUUUGCUUCAUGUUCAA